CAUCACCUGAAAGAUCAUCUCUCAAGAGACUAGUUUUGAUUGGAAAGAAAUUUGAACUUUAUUCAAGAAGCUGGGAACCUGAGGAGAAGGUUUUUUCCCAAGGAAGUAGGCCAACUGCUCCAAUCAACGGCAGUCCCAUCACAACUUCAUCAUGUUUCCCUUGACCAGAAAUGCACUAAAUAGGUUCAAGAUUCGAAGCAUUCAACAAAUUAGGUCAAGACAGAGCCAUGAAAAUCAUUCACGAGAUUUCCAUGACAAAUACGGUAACACUGUACUAGCUAGUGGGACCGCUUUCUGUGUUGUUGCAUGGGUGUUUAUAGCCACACAGAUUGGAAUAAAAUGGAAUCUAUCUCCUGUCGGCAGAGUCACCCCAAAAGAGUGGAAUGAUGAGUAACCAUCAAAGUUACUGUGAUACAAAAUUGUUUCAAAAUAAACUUGUCAUUUAAGCACUCUGCUGCUCAUUAAAAUAUAGCAUAAUUGAAGAAAUAAAAUACAUUUGAAACCUUUAAAAA